UUCACUCCUUAAAGGGUUUUGUUGAAUUCUUCAGUUCUCUCUAUUAACAGUGUCCAAACUUGUUCUUGAGAAGCUGAUAAAAAAUUAAAUCAAACCUUCUCAUGGAUCUCUCUAGCACACUCAAUGUUGUGUAUUCUCUGCUUCCAGGAAUCACGGCAAACUUGACAGGAACCUUAACUAACGCAUAUAUUUCUGUAGCAAUUUUGCUCGAUUAUUUUAAAAUACAAAUGAUGAGCACCAGCAAUAAAAUAUUAGUUGCCCUGAGCUUAUCAAAUGUUUAUCUUUCUCUUAUGUUAUUUAUUAGCACAGUUAGUGUUUUCCUGCCCCUGAUUAAUGCUGAUUCUGUUAACGGAUAUAUUUCUGCACUUCUGAUGUUCGGCAUUUGUUCCUCUACCUGGAUUACCACCUGUCUCUGUGUCUUCUACUUUUUGAAAAUAAUCGACUUCAGCUCUGGGCUCCUUGCUUGCUUCAAGUUGAAGAUCAACAUCAUUGUUCCAUGGUUCAUAUUCUUUUCGGAAGUGGUGUCUUUAGGCUGCAGUUUCCUUACUUUAUUGCCUUCUGUUACUAGCCCAGGAUCUUCAACAAACACCUCACUGUUCUACCCAGUAAACUCAACAUCAGAAGAACUUAUAAAUUCACCUGGAUUUAUGAAGGUUACCUUCUUUGCUGUUUUUGUUCCUAUGCUGAUUAUGAUUGUCACUACAUUCUCUACCAUUGGGUCACUUUUUUUGCACAGUAGGAGAAUGGAGAACACAGGGACAUCUAGCAGCCUGACACCUCAUAGAAAUGCUGCGUGUAUGAUGGCAUGGCUCCUUCUUUUAUAUACUGUCAUUUUUGUGGUGUUAUUUACAUAUUUUUUUAAGCUUUUUGAUCAACAAAGCUUUGGCUAUAAGAUUACUUUUAACCUGAUAUAUUUAUUCACUUUAGUACAAUCCGUUGUUUUAAUUAUAGGAAACCCAAAGCUAAAAGAAGCCAUUACAAAAUGUUGUUUAUUUGCCACAAAAGUUAGUGACUAGAAUAAUAUUAUCGUGAAGAAGAACAAUUCUAUUCAAACCAAGAAAUGUCUCCUGAUUCUUCAAUAAUCUACAUCAAAGAUUCAUCUGUAACCCUUUGACUUUUGCUGAUCUAUUUGAUAAUCAGUACAAUAAAUUGCCAAUAUUUUAAUAGAAAUAUGAGCUAUAUAGGGAAUAA